AUGGAGCAGGCUGAGAAAACCAAUAACUUAGAAAAUGAAGAUGUAACUGAUGGAAGCAAAUCAACAAAUAAGGGAUGGACUUGUCGUCUUGUGGUAGCUUCUCUGUUUGGAGCUUUCGGUUCUUCAUAUCUGUAUGGCUACAAUCUGUCUGUUGUCAAUGCUCCAACCAUGUAUGUUAAGGAGUUUUACAAUAAAACAUGGAAUGAUAGGUAUGGCCAACCCAUAGAAGCAGCAUCCUUGACACUCAUGUGGUCAGUAACAGUUUCCAUUUUUGCCAUCGGAGGUCUUGUAGGAGCUAUAAUCGUAUCUCCUCUGGUGAAGCUCUUGGGAAGGAAGGGCACAUUGUUGCUGAACAACAUUUUUGCCAUUGUUGCUUCCCUUAUGCUGGCUUUAGGGGAGGUAGCAGGAUCCUUUGAAAUGCUUAUAUUGGGUCGAUUUGUAAUUGGAGUUGAUGCUGGCAUUGCCUUAAGUGCCCUUCCCAUGUACUUGGGGGAGAUUUCACCCAAACAGAUUCGAGGCGCCCUGGGGCAGAUCCACUCCAUCUUUAUCUGUGUUGGUGUCUUUACUGGUCAGGUCAUGGGUCUCCCAGAAUUGCUUGGCCAGGAAUCCAGAUGGAAUUACAUGUUCGGCAUCAUCAUGGUCCCUGCUUUGGUGCAACUGCUUACUCUGCCCUUUCUUCCUGAGAGUCCCCGGUACCUGCUGCUGGAGAAACAGGAUGCGGCUGGGGCAGAGAAAGCAUUACAGGCUUUUCUCAACAAAAAGGAUGUAUCAAAGGAGCUGGAGGAAGUACAGGAAGAGUACAGGGCCCAGCACAGUAUUCAUCUAGUGUCCAUGAUUGAACUUUUCAAAACCCCAUCUGUUCGGUGGCAGAUAAUCACAGCUAGUGUUACCAUGGGUUGCUACCAGCUGUGUGGUUUGAAUGCUAUUUGGUUUUACACAAACAACAUCCUCAAAGAAGCGGGCAUGGACAGUAAUCAGAUCCCUUACAUUACCUUGAGCACUGGUGGCACUGAGAUCCUGGUAGCUGUAGUCUCUGGAACGAUUAUAGAACAUGUUGGGCGAAGACCUCUUCUUAUUGGUGGAUUCGGUGCUAUGGCUGUGUUCUAUGGCCUGCUUACAAUUUUCCUUAAUUUACAGACCAAAGCAUACUGGCUGCCUUACCUCAGUUUUGGAAGCAUCAUGGGAGUUAUUACAUCGUUUUGCAUUGGCCCAGGUGGAAUUCCUUUCAUUCUCACUGGAGAGCUGUUUGAACAGUCAUAUCGACCAGCUGCCUUUAUGAUUGUGGGGAUAGUGAACUGGCUCUCCAACUUUGCUGUAGGACUUCUGUUUCCCUUCAUCCAGGAAGCUUUUGGCACCUUCUGCUUCAUGGUUUUUGCAGUUACGUGCCUGGCAGGAGCCAUUUUUCUUUAUUUUGUCCUACCUGAAACCAAGGGCAAGACCUUUGCUGAAAUCAGUCAGUCCUUUUCCAAGAUCAACAGGGUAGCAGUGUCUACCAAGAAGGAGAAAAUGGAAUGUGUUGCUGCAAAAGAGAAAGUGGAGAACUCUGACACAGAAAAUGGACAAGACAACGAUAUAACAGAAAUGUGAAGUUCCAUUUGACAUUUUGGAGAUCCUAAUUUUAACCUGGAUUUUCAUAAUCUUAUUUUUUUAUAAACAAGAUGGCUAAAAAAACAGUAGGACUGGACAGAGAAUUAGAGCUGUGAAAUGUGAUGUCUAGUAUUAUCAUGACUAAGUGACA